AUGACCGACGAAAGAAAGUCCCUUGAGAAGGGCGAAACAUCGUCCACAAUCCACACAAUCGAGCCUGAACUCGGCAUCAGCGAGCCCGUCAAUGCUCUUCAAAGAUUUGCAAACAAGCUAGAUGCCGUCUGUGGUGUCGAAGCCCGCGGUAUCGAGCGGAUACCAGAAGAAUUGCGCGAACGAGUUAUAACGUAUCGCGACUACAUCCAUAUGUUUACCAUCUGGUUCUCCAUGAACUGCACUGCAAAUCAGCUUACUUUGGGUGUCCUCGGGCCCGUGAGUUACAAUCUAGAUCUCACCGAUUCGCUCAUACUCUGUCUCUUCGGCACAAUCUUCGGAUCCGUAUGCACUGGCUACAUAUCCACAUUUGGGCCGCGCUCCGGUCUGCGCACCUUGAACGUAGCCAAGUACACAAUGGGUUGGUGGCCAUCAAAACUCUGCGUUAUACUCAACCUAUGUAUCGAGAUUGGUUACGGACUCAUCGAUUGCUUGGUGGGCGGCCUGCUCUUAUCUGCGGUGAACGGCGGAGGCAUGUCUGUCAUCGUUGGUAUCGUCAUCGUUGCGCUCAUAACCUGGGUCGUGGUUACUUUUGGCAUAAAGUGGUUUUACAAGUUUGAGCAAUUUGUUUGGGCGCCCACCGUUCUCGUCCUCUUCAUCCUCAUCGGCGUCGCGGGUCCACAUUUCGACACCACCCUCGCCUCAUCCGGAUCCGGCGCCGUCCUCCACGGAAACCGGCUCUCGUACUUCUUCCUCGUCGCGUCUGGUCCCUUGAGUUGGUCAUCCGCAUCCGCUGACUACGUCGUGUACUAUCCCAAGACAACAAACCGGUGGUUCACAUUCGCUGCCACAACCUGCGGUAUCACGUGCGGGAAGCUGCUUAUCGAGUUCCUGGGUAUAGGUCUCGGCUCUGGAUUGUUGAAGAAUCCUACGUGGCAGGAAGCUUUCGACUCGGAUGGUAUCGGCGCGCUUGUCGUGGAGGCAUACCGCCCGCUAAAUGGUUUCGGUAGUUUCUGCUGCGUGAUUCUAGCUGUGUGCAUUGCUGCGAACAAUAUCCCGGGUACGUACGCUGCAGCACUCAACUGGCAGCAACUUGGUGCGCCAUUUGCGAAGAUUCCCAGACCUAUCUGGAGUACUUUCUCCUGCAUAAUCUUUACCAUCAUCGCCAUUGCAGGCCGCGACUCACUCUUCGAUAUCUUCAUCAACUGGCUGAGUUUGAUUGGGUACUGGACCAUUAUCUGGAUCACCAUGACGGUCCAAGAUGAAUACAUCUUUCGCAAAGGCGUUUUUGACUGGGAAAUCUGGAACCGCAAAGAUCUGUUGCCACACGGGUUUGCGGCCUUGUUUGCCAUGAUAGUGGGAUGGGUAGGCGCUGUGUUGUGUAUGUAUCAGACAUACUUCACAGGCCCUAUUGCGGCGCUAGUUGGAAACGGAGCAGAUUUGGGGCUUCCCGUAGCUAUGGGACUGACCAUUGUGUGCUACCCGCCGGCUAGGUGGCUGGAGCUGAGGUAUGUUGGGCGAUAG